CGGCAAAGUGAUGCAGUUGGAUGCAGAACCUCCUGCCAGUGUCAUGCCACAAGCUUCCAGAACUCAUUUGUCAGAGAUUUCAGGUUCUCUUGGUAUCUAUGGAUGGUGAGAGUUACUUCCCAUUUCUAAGCAACAUGUGGAGCAGUGUUACCUCCAUUAAAAUCAAAACUAGUGAGUUGAGGAACUUUAAUUGCAUUUUAAAGGUGAAGGGAGAGACUUUCUACUUUAAUUCAGAGUUUAAAACCUGGUAUAUAAGGAAGGUGAAGAUACAUUUUUAAGUAAACAACUGAAGAGAUGAAAUCUACUCCUCUUAUCGAUACAACUCUUCAGUAUCUGAGUCAGCCUAGGGAGACAACUGCCAGCCACCUGCGCAUGACCCCAGAGCUCUUUGCCAAUGUGUCUGGCUCUCUGGAUGACCGUGGAAACUGUCAGUGCUCUGUGUACUUGCCGGAUACCACCUUUCCCGUGCAGAAGGCUGAGCAAUUGCAAGUGAUAGCCACAACGCUUGUGGAGAAAUUUGAGAGAGAGCUUUCUCAGGUUAAAGAGUACUCAAAAAGGAUUGAACUGUAUCAACAGAAAAUUCUUAAUCUAACCAUCAGAGUGGAGCACAUGGAAAAGACAAGUGUAUCUUACACAGAACUGGACUUCCAGUUACUGAAAGUGGAAAUAAGUGACCUAGACAGACUGGUCACUCAGCUGAAAUCCACUGUUGUUGGAAGCAAUGUCAUCGUUGAUCAAAUAUAUUUGGAGAUCAGAAAUCUGACUAUACUAGUAAAUGAAUUAGAAUCAUUGGACAAAAACAAUAUCCUUGCAAUUCGUCAACAAAUUGUGUCUCUUCAAAAUCGAUUGAAGGAGUGUGAGGAGAGCAGAAACCAAACGACAGUACCCCCUUAUUUCCCACCAGGUAGCUGCAUUCAUGGUGGACUGCUGAAUGUUAGCCAGCCCUAUGUAGUAAAGCUGAACUGGAGAGGAUUUUCCUACAAAUAUGGUUCCUGGGGUAGAGAUUACUCUCCCUCUGAACCAGAGAAGGAAGUCUAUUGGGUUGCACCAUUGAAUACGGAUGGAAGAUACUUAGAAUAUUUUAGAAUUUAUAACACCUUUGAUGAUUUGCUGCUGUUUAAACCCUUGUACGAAAGAAGAAUAACGUAUGGACAAGGAAGUGGUGCUGCUCUUUAUAAUAAUUUUAUGUACUAUCAUGCUUAUUCUUCAAAAAACAUAGCGAAGUACGAUAUAACAACAAACAGAAUAGUUUUGAGCAAGGCACUUCCAAAUGUCGCUACUGAUAACCGUUUCUCAUAUGCAGGUGUAUCAUGGCAAGACAUGGAUUUUGCUGUAGAUGAAAAUGGGUUAUGGGUAUUAUAUUCAACAGAAAAUAACAUGGGCAACAUUGUGAUUAGCAAACUCAAUGAGACCACACUUGAUGUGAUAAACACUUGGCAGACAAGACAGUACAAGCCAUCUGUUUCUAAUGCUUUCAUGCUAUGUGGUGUUCUGUAUGCCACAAGGACAAUGAACACUAGGAAAGAGGAAAUCUUCUACAUGUAUGACACAAGUACUGGCCAAGAAGGUCGUGUUAGUAUCAUCAUGGAUAAAAAGUUAGAUACAAUCCAGGGUAUUUCUUAUAGCCCCACAGAUCAGAAACUGUAUGUUUACAAUGAUGGUUACCUUCUAAGAUAUGACAUAACUUUUCAGCAUUAGUAUGUCAAUGACAGAAGCAUUUGAUAGAACUGGCAGCAACUAAAAGAAGAGAUCUGAUAUACCUUUAGACAAUGUUAUCACCACUUUAUGGUUCAUCUAGUCUGAGAUACUGUAUUUGUGGGUGUUACAUAUAUUACUUUAAUUACUGUCCUUAAAAAUUUCCUGCUCCAAUUAGUUGUAUUACUGGCAGCAAUGUUUGGCAAUACUGGGUUCUUCAGGUUUUGAUUGGUGUUUAUUGGUGCUUGGUGCUUUAAAACUGUCCUGCCUAAGGGUAGAUUUACUGCAUAGAUUUAGUGCAUUUUGUUCACAGAAGUUCAUGGAUACAGCCUAUCCACUGACUGAGAAGCUAAUUAACCACUGAUAUGCACAGCUGUAACACAGACAAGGCACUCAGAAACUGAGAAUGAAUUUUCACUGAUCUUCAUGAGAGUAAAAUGAAACCUCAGUGAAACUAAUAGAAGCCUUAAAAUAAUAUAGGAAAUGGGACUUGGUCUGAAGACAGCAACCUAUUUGUUAGGUGGAUGCAGCAGAAGCUGGCUCAAAGCUUCCGGAGAGGGGUUAAAAAUGCACUUUGCUCUUUGAAGUCCUGCCAUGGGAAGUGAAAA